UGGCGCCAGAUUCUGAUCGCGCGCCGCAAUCAGGUGUCCGGAGUUUGGCGCGCUGAGCUCAGUCUGCAGCUGGCGCUCUCUGGGGUUGUAUCGUCAGGUUGUCCAAGGACUGUUCAGCACCUCCCGCUUAAUACACAAUGCCGAGCACACGGUCCAAGUCUCAAAGCUCCAUUCCGUUCCCUAAGACAAAGACUGCUAAGACGCCAGCUAAAGCAGGACUGCGCAUUCGUGCCAAAUCAGAAAUGAUUGCUCCCGAGUCUCUUUCACCUGCUUCCAAGGAGUUGCCUCUCAGCCCACGCAAGAGGCUUGGUGGCGAAAAUCUUUGUAACAUCCCUCAGUCUCUCCGAUGCUCCCCACCCAAACAAAGCCGUGAUGAUAGUGGCCCCCUUAGCCCAGCUAAAGGGAGGCGUCUCAUUUUUGAUGAGAACCAGCCUGCAGCCACUCCCUUGUCACCUAUCAAGAAGCGAGAAGACUUAGUCGUGUUAUCUCCUCAGAAGAGAGGUCAAGAAACCCCAACCAGCUCAUCCCAACGUGUGCCGCACGAGAGGAAGAGCGUGGGUACACGUCUAUUCAAACAAGAAGCAUCAUGUUACCAGCAGGCUAAGUGUGCUCUAAACACGGCGGUGCCUGAGCGUCUGCUGUCACGUGAGAAUGAGACAUCGGCCGUCCUUUCUUUCUUGAAGGCCCAUGUAUCUUUACAGAAGCCUGGCAGCCUCUACAUCUCUGGUGCGCCUGGAACUGGCAAAACCGCCUGCUUAAACAAGCUACUUCAGGAGAACAAGGAGGUUCUCCAGGGCUGCAAGACUGUUUACAUCAAUUGUAUGUCCCUACGAAGCUCCCAAGCAAUCUUCCCUGCCAUAGCAGAAGAGAUCUCUGGGAAUGAAAAAUCUCUUUCUGGGAAAGAUGCAGUUAAACAUCUGGAAAAACUGAUCUCAAGCAAAGGACCAAUGAUCCUUCUGGUGUUGGAUGAGAUGGAUCAGCUGGAUAGCAAGGGGCAUGAUGUCCUGUACACAGUGUUUGAGUGGCCCUGGCUGACUAACUCUAGAAUUGUACUUAUUGGGAUUGCAAACGCCUUGGACUUUACUGACCGCAUUCUGCCUAGACUUCAGGCUCGGCCCCAGUGCAAGCCACAACUACUGAAUUUCUCUCCUUAUACUAAAGACCAGAUAGCUACAAUCCUACAAGACAGGCUGAAACAGGUCUCUGGUGACCCAGUUCUGGAUAAUGCAGCGAUUCAGUUUUGUGCCAGAAAAGUUUCUGCAGUUUCUGGAGAUGCUCGGAAAGCUUUAGACAUCUGCAGACGUGCUGUCGAAAUCGUGGAGUCAGAUGUGAGAAGCCAGACGGUCCUGAAGCCGCGAUCUGAAUCUGCCUCACCAGCUAAAGAAACGGCAUCUACACCUGUGCCGAAAAAAGUCAGCCUACCGCACAUCUCUCGCGUUAUCUCUGAUGUGUAUGGAGACAAAAUGUCACGGAGCAGCGGAGGGGAUGAGACCUUCCCUCUGCAGCAGAAGCUUGUGGUGUGUUCCCUUUUGCUGCUCACACAACAAAGUAAAAUUAAGGAGGUGACCAUGGGCAAGCUUUAUGAAACCUACAGCAAGGUAUGCCGAAAACAGCAAAUGGCGAUAGUUGGCCAGUCAGAGUGCCUUUCCCUGUGCCAGCUUCUGGAAACUAGAGGCAUUUUAGGUCUUAAGAGAGCUAAGGAAGCCCGCCUUACAAAGGUUUCAAUAAAGAUAGAAGAGCACGAUGUAGAGCAUGCAUUUAAGGACAAGGUUUUAAUUGGAAACAUCUUACAUUCUGGAAUUUAAAUUUUACUACUUUAAAGUUUCUUCAAAGUUUUAAUGCUGAAUUUUUAAAAGUAUAACAAUCUCUUGAUGCAUUCUUAAGUGGUUGUUUUUACGGGUUUUGACAAGCGACUUACCUGAUUUUAAAGGAGAGUUUUUGCUGCUAAGACAAUACUAAAGUGUUGCUUGGUUAUGAAUGUGAAUGUGAAUUAUUAUUUUUUUUAAUUCUUUGCCACAAUGACAGGUUGUAUGAGGAUAGGAAAAAAGCCCCCUCUUUCUUCGAUGAAUUUGGCCAGAUACUGCAGCAUUGCCCUUUUUAAGGUGGAUGUGAUUGAGCUGUAAUGCCAGACAAAACCCAUUAACUUGAGAGGCGCUGUUUCUGGAGAAAGAUACUUUUUAAUAAAAGGGUUAAACUGUAACAAGCUGUAUAUUGUACAUACUGGUUUGUGUACUACAGGAAUACAGUUAUGUUAUGGUGCUUUGCUGCGUAAUGUAGCACAUGUUAAAUAGAUGUUUUAGUAUCCAUGAGGUACGUUCUGAUUUUACUGAUGCAGUCUCUGCAUUUACUGUACAGUUUUCUAUUUUAAUAAAUUAUGUAUGU